GAACAGUCUGUUACAGGAUCAAGUAAACACAGUAUUGGCUACUAAAUGUGUCCUCCUAUUCUUCUCAGAUAUUAAAAAUGAGAUUUCUUCAAAGGAUUGUUCUUUUUCUGUCGUGGACUUACUGUGCUGCACAAGAUUGUAAGAACCCCCCUCCGAGAAGGGUGACAGAAAUCCUUGUUAGUAACGUGGAUGGAGAGGUCUUCAAGGAGGGGAGCACUGCUACUUACAAAUGCCGACCGGGAUACAGAACUCUUGGAAGCAUAACAAUGACCUGCAGGAAUGGAGAUUGGGUAGAAUCUGUCAGGGGUAAAACGUGUCAGAAAAAACCUUGUGGUCAUCCUGGAGAUAUUCAAUUUGGCAGUUUCGAACUUACACGAGAAAAGGACUUUGUAUAUGGUUCACGGGUUGUGUACAAAUGUGAUGAAGGGUAUAAAAUGGUAAGCCAAACUGACUUUCGAGAUUGUGAGGCUGAUGGUUGGUCAAAUGACGUUCCUUUCUGUGACGUGAUUAAGUGCCUACCAGUUACGGCUCCGAAGAAUGGGAUGAUAAUUUUGUCUGGUAAUUUGGACUCUGACCAGGAAUUCCAUUUUGGCCAAGUAGUGCAAUUCAAAUGCAAUUCCAAUUAUAAGCUGGAAGGACAAAAGGAAAUAUUUUGCUCAACGGAUGGAAACUGGAAUGAGCCUGAACCAACAUGUGUGGAAAUUUAUUGUGAGCGCCCCAAACUUGAAAAUGGGAUCUUUGUUACUGCAACCUCGAUUUUCAAGGAGAAUGAACGACUGCAAUAUUCCUGUAAUCCUGGCUAUUACUACAAGGAACGAGGAGAUGCUAUAUGCAAGGAAUCUGGAUGGAAUCCCCAUCCAUCAUGUACAGAAAUUUUGUGUAACCGCCCUUCUCUUGCCAAUGGAGUAUUCAGACCAGAUAAGGAUAAAUAUCGAGCGGAUGAAGAGAUCGAGUUACAGUGUAACCAAGGCUUUCAAGCUCCACCUGAAGGAAAGAAGGCUAAAUGUACUAACAGUGGCUGGAUACCAUCUCCAAGAUGUAGCUUCAGGCCUUGUGAUCGUCCAGAAAUAGAAAAUGGAGAAAUGUACAAAAAUUAUGACCUUUACUGGGACUUAACUAGGACUCAAUAUCCUGCACAAAUUGGAGUAACAAAGUAUUACAGAUGUAAUCAUCAUUUUCGAUCUGCUCAUCGAACUGACUAUUCAGGCUGGACUACUAUUGAAUGCACGGAGAAUGGAUGGUCACCAACACCCAAAUGCCUCAGAUGGUGCCAGGUUCCCCAUAUACAAAAUAGUUACAACAGUAAUUAUGGACGAGGGUUCAAUGAAGGUGCACAAGUUCCGAUUACAUGUUCCCGGGGAUUCAGCCUUGAAAGUGGUGAAAAUACAAUAACUUGUACAAAAAAUGGCUGGUCACCUGCUCCACAAUGUAAAAAGAACGUAAAUUGUAGGAAAACCUAUGUACUGAAUGGACGAUUUUCUGAGACAAAAGAGUAUUAUAAUCUAAAUGCAAAGACAAGAUACCAGUGUUCAGAAGGAUAUUCGACACCAGAAGGAAGAGAAUCAGGAGAGUUGAUAUGCUUGCGGAAUGGAUGGUCUGUUUCACCCAGCUGUAUUAAAACCUGUAAAAGACCAGAAUUCAGAAAUGCCAGAUAUGAGGGAAAUGAAACACUGUUUCAACUUAACAGCAAACUGGAAUAUGAAUGUCUUGAUGGAUACAUUCGUGGAGAAGGAAGGAGCACAACAGAUUCCAUAGUGUGUGGUGAGGAUGGGUGGUCCCAUAUACCUGAAUGCCAAGAAAAAGAAUGUUACAUCCCAGACCUGAAGUCAAACGUCAGAGUAGUUCAAGGGAAGGACAAAUUUAAAGUUGGAGAUGUGUUGUCAUUUGCCUGUCAUAGCACACAGAAAAGAAUUGGCCCCGAGUCCAUUCAGUGCUACCACUUUGGAUGGUCGCCCGACCCUCCUACAUGUAAAGAGGCAGCCCAAUCUUGUGGACCUCCGCCCGAGGUUGUCAAUGGCAAGGCAAAUGCAAACACUGAGAAGGGGACAUAUCGUCAUGGAGAAGUGGUGGACUUUGAAUGUGAUGCAAAAUUUAUAAUGGAAGGACCCAAGAGAAUCGAAUGCAGUGAUGGAAAAUGGACAUCAUUUCCUACUUGUAUUGAGGUUGAAAAAACGUGUGGCGACCCUCCGGAACUCGAACAAGGUGAUCUCAAAUCAAGUCAUCCUCCACCAUAUCAUCACGGGGAUUCAGUAGAAUACGGUUGCAAAGAACCAUUUGCAAUGGUUGGAAAGAAGACGGUAACAUGUAUUCAGGGAAAUUGGACAGCCCAUCCUCAAUGCAUUGGAACUAAACAGCUUAAGAAAUGUUCAGGACCUAAGCAGCCUUCCAAUGGAAAAAUUACUUCAUUGAAGAAGCGUGACUAUAAACAUAAUGACUUCUUAACUUAUAUUUGUGAUGCAAAUUUUGAAGCUGAAGGAUCUACAAAAAUACAAUGUAUAAAUGGAAAUUGGCAACAUCUUCCCAACUGCUUAAGAAAAGAGAGAAGAAAAACAUGCUCACCCCCACCUCAAAUACCUCAGGCUCUGGUUGUAUCAACAUCAGUGAGCUUUCUGAAUGGGGAAACAUUUGCUGUUAAGUGUAAGGAUAAUUACUUGCUCCAGGGACCAAAAGAAAUUAAAUGUGAAAAUGGAGCUUGGAAAUCUGUCCCACGCUGCGUUGAAAAAAAGCCAUGUUCUCAACCACCUUCUGUAAAAAAUGCUGCCUUCAAUGUCUCCAGAAAUUCAAGAAGAGCAGUAGACUAUUUAGCACCUAAGACAUACGCUUCUGAUACGGUAUUAAAAUACACCUGCAUGGAUGGUUUCAUAAUGAAUGGAACAGCUGAGAUAACAUGUACCAUGGGAAAGUGGAGUCCCCCUCCUAAGUGUGUUGGACGACCAUGUGGUAAACCACCUUUGAUAUUCAAUGGUGCCACAGCUGAGGUAACUGUGGAUGUUUAUCAGUCUGGAGAAGAAGUGACCUAUAAAUGUUCAGAAGGUUUUGGCAUUAACGGAUCACCAAGUAUCACAUGUGAAGGAGGAAAAUGGUCUGAAAAACCAGAAUGCAUAGAUAGGAGAUGCAACACUCCACCAAAAUUUAUUAAAGCUGAAAUAACUGAAGGUAAAAAACCAAUUUAUAUGGAAGGCGAUGAAUUGCUUUAUAAAUGUUUGGAUGGUUUUGAAAGUGAAGGCUCGACUCUAGUAACAUGUUCGGGAACCACUUGGAAAGGAGAUCCUAAAUGCAAAGAUCAUUCCUGUGGCUCUCCACCUUCUGUUCAAUAUGCCGUCAUUGUAGGCAACGAAAAGGCAAGGUACAAACCUGGUGAGACAGUGCGCUACAAAUGUUUAGGUGAUCUAAAAAUGUUCGGCGUUACGGACAUAGUAUGCAAAAAUAAGACCUGGACAAAGCGCCCGGAGUGCAAAGAGGAAGGCGGAAAAUGUGGUCCACCUCCGCCUAUUAACAAUGGGGACAUCACCUCUUUCACAUUUGCUGAAUAUCCUUCGGGAGCCCAGGUGGAAUACAAGUGCCAGAACCUUUAUAAACUGGAGGGUUCCAAAGUUGUGAGGUGUGAAAAUGGGCAGUGGUCAAAUCCACCGUCGUGCUUAGACGCGUGUACGGCAUCUCAAGAAGAUAUGAUGAGAAACAAUAUAAAGUUGAGAUGGGAAAACCACAAAAAAUUGUACUCUGAAACUGGAGAUAUUAUUGAAUUUGCCUGCAAAAACGGAUAUACGAAAGCUCAAGGAUCACCUCCUUUUAGAGCGCAAUGUAUACAAGGAAAAUUAACCUAUCCCAACUGUGUUAAACAAUAUUAAUACCUGGGAAGAAAUGAGGACUAAAACCCCAGCAUCAAACUUUAGUGGAUUUUGUGGCAACAUUUGAAGAUAAAUCUGAAAACUCAGUAUUCUGUAGCAUUUUCGGCUAGCUAGGAUUUACAUACCUAUUUCCUCAUUCAUUCAUUUUUUUUUUAUUUGCCAUGCAUGUGCCAAUACAAUGCUCUGCCUACGGUAGACAUUGAUUAUGUUCAUAGCUAUAUUAGUACUGCUAAAGCUAAGGUAUAUAAAAUUAAAAUGGAAUAGAUACCAAUGAAUUUAGAUUCACUAAAACCAAAAUUAAUACCUUUACCCUUUACCUGAAGUUCAGAAUGAAUUCUUGUUCAGUCUUUACUCUAUCAUGGGGAUGUGACCUGCAGACCCCUGGGUUAUUAAAAAAUCAUACUCUCUCAACCACUGCUUCAGUUGUACAUAAGGGCCUAGGGAACAGAUGUUUCAAAAGCUACUGAAAUAAUCCAGUGCUUCUGUCACACUUGGUAAAAUAUCGUAAUAAAACGGCUUCACUUUGCAGUACCCAA